AUGCGCUUUCUUGAGAAGUAUAAUCUCUCUCUUUUUUUAUACCUCAACGCUGCAUUUGCCUUCUUUAAGGUGCCAUGCAGUACACCCCUGGUGAUUGAGAGAGCAGACCCGCUCAUCUCACCUGGAGUAGCCUCCAAUCAUGUCCACACUAUCAUGGGAGGGUCCGGCUUCGGAUUUACCAUGAACUACGACAUGACACAAACUUCAGAAUGCAACUCGUGCUCCCCGAUUGAGGACAAAUCCAACUAUUGGGUAGCGGCACUUUACUACCAUGCCCCAAAUGGUAGUUUCAUUCAAGUCCCGCAGAACGGCGGAGCUUUGAUCUACUACGAGCAACGUCCAGAUCCAACUACCGAUGGUGCAAUUGUGGCUCCCCCGCCUGGCUUCCGGAUGAUUGCUGGCAGUCCAUUUGACCGCCAAUAUAAGGAUACAAUCGCUGCUGACGCGCGUAGCUUCGCCUGUCUCAAUUACAAUGGUCCUGGUACGCCCCAAACAAAUGGAUUUCCGAAGACAAACUGCCCCAAUGGUCUCCGGGCCCAGAUUUACUUCCCUUCCUGCUGGGACGGAAUUAACUUGGACAGCCCUGAUCAUAAGUCGCACGUGGCAUAUCCGACUCAGACCUAUGACAACGGCCCGUGCCCUGCAUCGCAUCCCGUUCGAAUCGUGUCAAUCUUUUACGAGAUCACAUGGCACACCGAACAAUUUGCAGAUAUGUGGUAUGGUGACAGUCAGCCAUUUGUGUUUUCUUUCGGCGAUCCCACGGGAUAUGGCUUACAUGGAGACUUUGUCAACGGGUGGAAUGUGGAUGUUCUUCAAGAAGCGAUUGACACCUGCAAUGACGGUGGCGGUGAUAUAACUGAAUGCCCGCCAAUUCAUCUAUACCCCGACACCGUCACAGAUGGCUGCCUUUUAGAACAGUCAAUCGACGAAGAAGUCGGAGGAUGGCUCGAUGCCCUACCAGGCUGUAAUCCCAUUCAGCCGGGCCCCAACGAUGCGACUAUAUUCACUGGCUGUGGUGCACCUACACAGAUUGGAUCACCACGGCACUACUAUACCGAUGUCACGACUAAGCUGGGUUGGAAGUGGAUUGGUUGCACGGUCGAUAACGCAGGCGGCGUCCGCAUCCUCACAGGCUCCAGUUCACGGGGGUCUGACAUGACCGUUGAAAAGUGUAUCCAGAAAUGUAAGGCGGAUGGAUACACAAUUGCAGGCCUGGAAAACUCCCAAGAGUGCUUUUGUGGCAAUAGCGUUGACCCUGCCAAGAAACCGAAGGUUACCCCGAUGGGAAAUUGUCUAUAUGCCUGCAGCGGCAACCCUGCUCAAAAUUGUGGGGGUUACGGAUUUAUUGGACUUUACCAGGAAUGCAAUGGGGACUGCCAGAAUUUGCAGUACCCUGUGGUUCCCCACUAG